AUGAACAAAUCAGAGGAAGUCAUCAGCAUUUUGGUUGUAGAUGAUGAUACAACAUGUCUUUCUAUAAUUUCUGCUAUACUCCGGAGGUGGAACUAUGAAGGUAUACACAAUAUUGUACUUGGAUAUCCUUUCCUCAAUUUGAGGAACACAUUUCGAAAGAAGAAAGAGAUCGUUAAAUCUUGUUCAUUGUACCAAAUGUUCUCCAAUGUUGUCACAGUCAAGCACCCAGUUGACGCCUUACGCACUCUCCGAAUCAAAGGAGGCGCAUUCCAUCUUGUUGUGACAGAUGUUCAUAUGCCAGAUAUGAAUGGGUUUGAACUACAACAAACCAUUGCACAAGAAUUCAAGUUGCCUGUAGGCUUAAUGUCUGCUGAUGACAACGAAGAUGCUGAAUUGAAAGGAAUGGAGAAUGGGGCUGCAUUUUUCCUAAUGAAGCCAAUAUCUCCGGAUAAUUUAAGAGAUUUGUGGCAAUUUGCAGAUAAGAAAAAGCAAAAUCAAGCCGUAAUUGAGGAAACCUACAAAAGUUCAGAUGUCAUUGCAGUUUCUGGAUCAUCUGUCAACGAAGAUGGGCAUACUGAGCAGGAAGAUACCAGAAAAAAUUCCCCAAUAAAAGAGGGCAACGGAAAGGGAGAGGGAAAGGGUAAAUCGAAGAAGGUCAAGGUUAAUUGGACACUUCAACUCCACGACCGUUUCUUGGAAGCCCUUCGAAGCAUAGGCCUUGAGAGAGCUGUUCCGAAAAGAAUUCUUGAGGUCAUGGAUGUUCCGGGAUUAACUAGGGAAAAUGUAGCAAGUCAUCUCCAGAAGUAUCGAAUCUUCUUAAAACGAGUUUCUGAUGCAAGCUACAGAAUUCAGCGGUCUGCUGAGCAGAAUUUGGUUAGCAAGACUCUUCUUGGAUCACAAUUAUCAUCACGAAACCCUUCAGUACCAACGAUCAGCAAAUUCAGCCGAAACAAAAAUCCUAGGCAAUUGUUCCAGCGAAGUUUUGGAGAACUUGUUCCAAGUAUUAAUGCAUCCUUUCCUAGUCAAGAAACGUCGUCUAGUUACCUCACUACCCCAUCGCCAACACAUUUCAAUGUACAAAGUCUUCUGACGUCAAACGGAAUUAGCCAAAGUAAUUAUCAGGCGAACCCUUCUUUGAAAGGGAGUCACCAAACUGCAGCACUACAAGAUCUCACCAAUGGCCUGUCUAGUUUUGGUGAUUCUACACUUGGCGAGGGGGCUCUGAGUAAUAAUGAAAUUUCAGCCUACCAAAACACUGGGACUUCAAAUAUUUCUUCUGCAUCAACAAAUUUCAACUGCACGAGCAAUUAUGUGGGUUACAGAAUAUCUGAUAUUGGACCGAUUGUUGAAUCUGCAGCUCACAAGGAACGUGGUCAGGGUUCAAAUUUGUUGGAUAAAUCUACCAACUUUACAGGCAAAUUCCACUGCAACAACAGUGGCAAUUCUGGUCUGUUGGAAGACGAUUUCAGUUGGUCAACUGUAUUGGAUGAAAUUCAAGACACUUCUUCUCCCUUUCUUCCUUCAGAUCCACCCAUUCUGGAUGGUGUUGAGAAUGGGGAAAAUGAUUCUGCAUUCUUUCAAAUGUAUGAUCUGGAAGGCAUUGAUAUCUUGUCCACUCAACAAUCAGUGGACGAAGGUACUUCCUCAAAUCAAGUGAUCAUUCAAUCUCCUCAGCCAAAGCAAAAUGGUGGUGGAAAUGUGACGAACUCCAACUUCUGUGGUGGCAUGUAUCAGUGGAAAACCUCUUCCCCGGUCCCAAGGUUCAAUCAGACUCCCAGCCAGCAAAAUGGAGGUGAAAAUGUCAUGAACUUCGACAUCUCUGGGGGUGUGAAUCAGUGGCAAGGCUCUUCCCCAUUCCCAAGAUUCGAGGGAACUCCCAGCCAGCAACAAAAUGGGGGAAGCAAUUUGAUUUCUCAACAAUGUGGCACGUCUACUGAGCCCAGUAACGCCUUUCUCUUUUCUGAUGAGCUCGAUGACGUGGAAUAUCUGGAAUCUUUGCUUGCCUUUGGCCCUUUUGGAGAAGAUCAUGAAGAAAUAUUUAAACUGAAUUGA